UCUCCUUACCACCCCCCUCUCUCCUCUCUCUUCUCUCUCUCUCCCACUCACUUGAGUCGCGGCUCCAGCCUGGGUGGUGCUCAGAUUUCUCGGCUGAGACCCACCACUUAACAUCCCAAGAUCUAACUUAGAAAGCUUCGCCUGGAGUCGCUCGAACUUUUAUUUCUUUGCGUUUGUUCGGGUCCGUUUAAUGAGGUCGUCCCGUCGUUAUCGUACGAGGUUUUUCUUAUUUAUUUAAAUAGCGUCGUCGCUAAAAAAAAAGAUAAUCAUCGACGCCCGCCGUCGCCGUGAAGUCGACAAGAAGCUUUACCGGCAACUUCCAAGGGGCAUUUUGGCAGUGGUGUUCUCAGGUUCUCAGCCGUCCGUGAUUUCUAGAAGCAAGAGAGGAGGAGGAAGAAGAGGGAUUUUUUUAAGUUGGGGGGAAAAAACGACAGAAACCCAAAGAAGACGAAGACCAAAAGGGGCCCCCUCCCCCAUCGUAAAGCGACUUCGACACCAGACGUUCUGCACAUGUAGCCAUCAUCGUUGUGAAAGGCCCUGUUAGAUUACGUGCCAGCCAAGGUGUGCAGGGUUACACGUGGCAGCCAAGGUGUGUGGGAGCCAGGUGUGGAGGGUUACACGUGGCAGCCAAGGUGUGUGGGAGCCAGGUGUGUAAAGGGGACACCGGGAGACGGGAGUUGUAGGAGGAACCUCAGCGCGAUAAGGGUGGCACUGGGCACCCUGAUCCAGGGGUGGAGGUUUCGGAAUCCAGGUGAGGGGCAGCGAUGACGGACGUGUGGGAGUUGCUGCUGCCCUAUCUGCCCACCGUGCGCAUCCCCACAUCGGGGACUCGAAUCUACAAGGAUGAAUGCGCCUUCUCUUUCGACAGCCCGGAGUCGGAGGGCGGCCUGUACGUGUGCAUGAACACCUUCCUGGGCUUCGGGCGAGAGCACGUGGAAAAGCACUACCAGAAGACGGGCCAGUGCGUCUACAUGCACCUCAAGCGCACGCGGCGCGAGAAGCCGCAGGGAGCGUGUGGUGGAGGAGGGGCAAGCGAUGGAGAAGACACCACCCUCCGCCUUCUCUCUGUGACAGAUCUGCGGGACGAGGAGGAAGAGAGGGAGAGCCGGGACUUUGUGGAGGAGGCUCGACUCGUCGUGUUUCCCGAGCAGCUAGAGAUUCGGCUGCCCAACAUCGAGGAGCUGCCGGCCAUGGUGUCCAUCGCGUGCGACUCGGUGCUCAGGGCCGACACGUCGGUGCGGACGCUGCUGCCGGAGCCGUGGGACAAGGAGUUCCGGCAGGUGUCGCGGCACGCCGAGUCGCUCAAGCAGGAGGGCGCCGAGGUCCGCGUGCCGCCCCGGGGCUGGAAGUGCGAGCAGUGCUCCGUUCGCAAGAACCUGUGGCUGAACCUGACGGACGGCUCGGUGCUGUGCGGACGCAAGUACGUGGACGGCACGGAGGGCAACGGCCACGCGCUGCAGCACUUCCGCACCACGGGGCACCCACUCGCCGUCAAGCUCUCCUCCAUCAGCCCCGACGGCGCAGACGUCUACUCGUUUGACGAGGACGAGAUCGUCAUCGACCCCAAACUCCCCGAGCACCUCGCCCAUUUCGGCAUCGACGUCAUGUCCAUCUCGCAGGAGGCCGAGCGGACGGACGAGGUGCAGGGCCCACCAGCAGGCGAGUGGGCCGCGCUGCAGGAGGUCGGGUACAAGCUGAAGCCCCUGUACGGGCCGGGCUACACAGGCCUGCGCAGCCCCGGACGCUGCUCCUACCUGUCGGCCCUCAUGCAGGUCCUCUUCAGCAUCAGCCACUUCCAGCGAAGGUAUGUCGGGAAUCUGCACCGGAUAUUCGAAGAAUCGCCCCUUGACCCCACGCAAGAUUUCAGCACGCAGAUGGCGAAAUUGGGUCACGGCCUGCUGUCAGGGCUUUACUCAAAGCCUCCGCCGAAGUCGGAUAUCAUAGAGCAGGUGACGAGAGAGGACGUCAAGCCCCCGGAGCUGCGCGGCGUCUCGCUGGGCAUGAUCAAGGAGCUCGUGAGCCGAGGCCACCCGGACUUCUGCACCGACCGGCAGCAGGACGCCUUCCAGUUCUUCAACUACAUGAUUAGCCUCAUCGAGAUGAACAGCGGUGCCGAGGCGACGUCGCCGAGCCGGGCGUUUGCGUUCCGCUUGGAGGAGCGCGUGCAGUGCUGCCAGUCGCGCAAAGUUCGCUACCAGCACCGGCCCGAGCACUCCGUCAGCCUGCCGGUGCCACUCGAGUCGGCGCACAACCGAGGGGAGCUGCUGGAGGUGGAAAGGAAGCGGCGCGAGGCGGUGGAGCAGGGGCGGCCGGAGCCCCGGGGGGUGCGCGCCCGCGUGCCCUUCGGGGCCUGCAUGCAGGCCUUCGCCGAGCCCCAGAACGUCGAUGACUUCUGGAGCUCCGAGCUGCAGGCCAAGGCGCCGGCCGUGAAAACCUCGUGGUUUUCAACGUUCCCGGAGUACCUCGUGAUCCACCUGAAGAAGUUCACAUCAGAGCAGGACUGGGUCCCGAAGAAGAUCGACGUCUCAGUGGACAUGCCCGAUGAGCUGGACCUUAACGAGCUGCGGGGAACGGGGCUGAAGGCCGGCGAAGAGGAGCUGCCCGACAUCUCCCCGCCCGGCCUCCUCUCGUCGUCGCCGUCGCUGAGGCGCCGCGGUGCCGGGCUUCAUCGCUCCUGGGGGGGCGGCCAAGACGAGGAUGAUGAGGACGACGACGAGAACGGAGACGGAGAGGGGAUGAGGAGAGUGCCGUUCCUUGACGAGGUGGCCGUCUCGACUCUGGAGGAGAUGGGGUUCCCGCGCGAGGCCUGCCGCAAGGCCGUCUACUUCUCCGGGAGCCUGGGCCUCGAGCCUGCCGUCGACUGGAUCAUGAAUCACCUCGACGACCCCAACCUGGCAGAGCCACUGCACAUCCCGGGGCUGCUGUCACCUCCGUGCGGCGAGCGGGCAAGCGGAGACGGAGAGCUGGGAGGGCGGCGGCAACAUGGCCGCCGGAGGAUGUCGCGCCCGUCCCAGCCGCCCCCGCCCGAGGAGAGCGUCGCGAUGAUCGUGUCGAUGGGGUUCACGCGGAGCCGCGCCUUCCGCGCCCUCACGGCCAACAACAACAACCUGGAGCGCGCCACCGACUGGAUUCUGACCAACAUGGCAGACGCGGGCUCGGAUGGGGACGAGGAGGAAGAGGAGGAGGAGGGGGCAGCAGCAGGGGCAGCAGCAAAAGGGGCAGCAGCAUCGGGGGCAGCAGCAGCAGCAGGAGUACCAGCAGCAGCAGCAGAAGGGGCGGCAGCAGCAGCAGCAGGAGUACCAGGAACAGCAGCAGGAGCAGCAGCAGCAGCAGCAGGAGUACCAGCAACAGCAGCAGGAGGGGCAGCAGCAGCAGCAGUGAACGCUGCUCCUGCUAAGGUGGAACUUGUGGCGCCCAGCAGCAUCGCCCUCCCAGAGGCCCACAGAAACGGGCCUCUCCCGAGCAGCGCGAUGAGCAACGGGAUGUCGGAAUACCCCGACGGGCCCGGACGCUACCGUCUCUUUGCCUUCAUAAGCCACAUGGGCACAUCCACCAUGUGCGGACACUACGUGUGCCACAUCCGCAAGGAGGGCCGGUGGGUGAUCUACAAUGAGGACAAGGUGUGCGCCUCCGAGAAGCCUCCCAAAGACCUCGGAUACCUCUACUUCUACAAGCGCAUGCAGAGCUGAGAGAGGCGUCCAUGCCAAGCCCCCAGCAGCAGCAGUCACCGGUCCCGUCAGCCACAGCCCCCCCCCCCCCCCCCCGCCAGAGGCACAGGACAGAGGUCGCAACCGGGUACCCGAUACCCGUACCCUACCCGAUACCCGGCUACCCGUACCCGGCCGGGUACGGGUAACCGUUUGCGACCCUGGUGCGGCCGGGUACGGGUACGGGUAGAUCGUGAGUCACUGAUGAGUAACCGUUUGUCACUCAUUUCGGGUAGGGUACGGGUAGGGAACGGGUACACAUACCCGGCCGGGUACGGGUACCCAUUUGCGACCCUGGUGUGGCCGGGUACGGGUACGGGUAAGGAAUCAAAACCCGUUUGCGACCUCUGGCACAGGGUGGGGGUAAGGGUGGGGUAGCGUGCACAAUGACUUCUCCAAAUCUGGACGUACCACCCCCGGUCAAAGUGCAACGUGGAGCAGGGUGGGGUCGUCACUUGUGUCCGGGUUUUUCUUCCCCAGCAUCAUCGUCUCGUUGAGGAAGCUGUCCUGGGAAAUGUCAAGUCUUUGCGGAACAUUCAAAAUCCCAUUUUUUUCGCUCAUUUACAUAAUAUACUUCUCAAGGCGAUGCAUUCACAUGCAGCUCUCUCCCCUAUUCUGGUAUUGUAUGUUGAACUUCUUUCGCACCGUACGCACUAAUCAGAGGUGCGGGGGAAGGGCAACAAAUAAACACAAAAAGCAGUUAUAAAUAAAUUCGUUUUCAAUUGUUGAAAUUAUCUUCCCAUGAUAUGUCCCGGGUUUUUUGUUGUUGUUAUUCUGCAGAGGUGGCAACCCUAGCAGAGUGAAGCCUUCAGUCACAUCUUUUGGGUAAGGCUACCACAUUUCUGGGAAGCUCAACCGGGACAGGUGGUAAACUGGCCCCACCCCCAACCCCACCUCACUUUCACAGCCUCAUCCGGAGUGGGUGGGGCUCUCUCACUUUGGCCCUGCCCACCGCUCACAGGCCCCACCCACUCAUCUUCCAGCUCCACCCACAACCCAGGUAGCUCCACCUUUUAACCAGUUUCGUAAAAAGCACAAGGACACGGGACGGCACUUGCGAAAACCUCCAGGAGUGUGUCGCGGCCAAAACGGGGACGUUUGGGGUAGCCUUAACUUUGUGAGAUCCUACGUGGGAGGCGAGGGAUGGAUGCCAAUGGGAUGUGCAGAUUUACCAAUUUGUAGAGAGGGAUGCUGAAAGCCAGGCACCAUUGUCUCUAAGCCAAUUGUUCAUUCCAGUGGUGAACUGGCAGUGAUUGGCAGUUUCAUUCACACUUGAAUGGACAUGUAAUCUAGACUCCCCCCCCCCCCCAUUGGCACCACCGAUACACCCAUAACAUCUUGGGUACACCCACCUGCCAGGCCCUUGCCCAAGUUUCGUCCCUGUGGCAAUGGGCAUUGUGUUCUGUGGGGUUACUUAGAGCAGUGGUGGGCAACCAACACAACAACAAGAGCCAUUUUCGUCAAACUCUGUAAAAAAAAUCGAAAACCUCUCAAUAUUUCAAGAGCCGCAAUGCGAAUAACGUCGCGCAAGCAGAACUUAAGAGCCGCAUGGCAGCCCCGAAGCCGCAGAUUGCCGACCCCUGCCUUAGUGACGUGCCCUCUGCCUUAGGCCUGGCGCGAGAGCCUCAGGCAUGACCUGCCCUCGAGGGCAGGAGCAGCAGCAGGCGUGCCGAGCGCAAUGCUGCCGUGCGAUCCAAGGCGGUGUCUAGAAAAGGGAUUUGCCAAAAUUACGGUUAAAACUCACCACUUUGUGACGAGGGCCUUACUUGAAGAGUUCCUCACACUUCAAUGAAAACAAAUCUCAAGAUUUGUUAGUUUUUCUGUCCAAAAAUAUAGCCACACAUUUUAAAAGCUUUUGUGCACUUUACAAUCCAUAACUGUUUUGUAAAAAAAAAGCAAAUUGAGCAGUUCCUCUCGCAAGAGCGAUGUAGCCACCACCGUCACAGAUUUAUUUUUUUGCGCGAGAGCGAGCCGUCAGUUGAUGACGGUGAAAGUGAAUAAAUGUUGCGGUCGAGUUAUGAGUGUUGAAACCGUCCCAGCGGUGUUCCCAUACAGCGGCUUCGUAGGAUUCACGCAGCCGCGUUCCAGUGCCGCGAAUGCAUCACAAAGCCCACCGAUGUGGAAAAAUGUAAUUUUAUUUUUAAUGUAACUCGUUUGUUUUUGAACUCUGCUCCCCUCGAUUUUAGUGGAAAAACUUGUACGGGCGGCGUGGUUUUUUGUUCUUUUCUUUCCGUGACCACAGUUAAAUCGCAAAAAAAACUGCACCCAAGUGAGAUUUAAACAAAAUGAACGAUGCCGAGGCCGUUUUCUUUGGCGAUAGAGCACGGACCUCCGUGAAGAAUAACGAAACGAACGAUGAUAAACACGACUGAAUGUGAACAAAUCGCACACCUAACAGGCUAAUAAAAACGUUUGUACCAGA